CAUAGUCAAUUUGUUUUUUUUUUCUAUAAAUUAAAAGAGUGUGAAGCAAGACAAUCAAUUUCUCUAAUUAUGAAGACUACUUUUGUUGUGUUUACUAUUUUGUUCUUGCUGAUGACGAUAACAGCUUUGGUUUGCUCUGUUUCUUAUGACAAGGGAGGCACCUCAUCGAAUACUCAUGCAACUUCAUUUCAGUUAGUGACAAUCAAAAGCAGAAAGCUCCAGGGCAAUGGCUAUGGACCAAGCACGGCUGGUGACUCAGGGAAGAUGAAUCUGGACGAUUACCGUCAUCCAAUGGAUCCAGUUCCAAGCUCAAAAGCUUCAGUAAGACCUGGGCCUAUACAGCAUGGGACUCCUCUUAUGCCUUAUAUUCCCAAGCAGCCUGCACCUCCUCCUCCUACUCGCUCCAAGCCCAUUGGGUUUCCAUAGGCCCAAUCCGUUCCCACCGAACAUUGGUUGUCAAUGUUCAUUGAUUGGGUGGAUCUAUAUGGUGAGACGAGGUGUAGCACAGUCUGAUGAGCGCAUCUAUUGCAAUCUUAAAAUUAGAAGAAUGUAAUAACUUCAAAAUAACAAUGUGUUCUUUAUAUGCUUUUUUCUUGUAAAUUUUAAUUGGAGCCUUGUGUAUUAGAGCUUCGUGUUUGUACCUGAACUAGACGGUAUGUACUUGCUUAAAAACAAUUCAUUUCCUCCUAUGAGUACUUUCUCCGUUUUAAUGUAUGUGAUUGUGUAAUGAUAUUUGAUUAGACGUUGAGUUUAAGAAUAAUAGAAUGGUGAAUAGUU